CAACUAAAUCAUUCAAUGAAUCUUGGCGCCUCGUUACAUUGUAAUGACAAUUAUAUCUAAUAGACUUAAAGGACAGUCUUUUUAAGGGAAAAACCAUAUGAAUAUGACUCARAAGAAGUAUUCUGGUGCACCAUUUGGUGUUCAAACGCCAAGGUUCAAUGUUUCAUCCAUUCAUCCAAAAAGUAAAACUCCAGGUACUUUCACUCAGGUUGCAUAUGACAAGAAGAGUAUGUCAGACGUGAGACGUAAACUAGGUCCAGGCUCAUAUAAUGUGAAUAUUGGUGGAUUCAGUUCAAAAGCUGUCAUGGAAAGGUCAUCGGGACCUGGCUGGGAAAGAUCUUAUGAAACUUCUAAAAUGGCAAAGAUUCCACACCUACUWUACAAAGAACAGUGGAAAAAGAAGCAAUUACAAAAAAGAUUACUUGGUCCUGGAACAUAUAAUAUCAAAGACUUUAUUGAAAUAUCAUCAGAGAAACCUAARAGCGUCCGAGGAAUAUGUGAAACAAGGGCUCCACGAUUCGAAAAUGUCGAAGAGAAUGGUGUACCUGGUCCCGGGACSUACGGUAACGGUGGAAUACCAAGUGCAGUUUUAGAAGAAAAGSAAACACURUCUGCAUCAAAUAUUGGCUUACUCGACUCCGGAAAAUCCUACAAGCGACAGCUACCUGAAGUUGGAAGCCAUCUUUGUCCAGGCCAAUACGAGAUGAAUAGCUUUACCGAUGAAUURUCCAAUAGAGUGAUCAGUAAACGAGGUCCUUAUGAUUUAUUCACGGGAGAGAGACAUGAACCAAUACAAGUCGGCUACUUUGCAGUGCCUCUGAAGCAAAAACUAGGRCCCGGUGAAUACGAUCUGAAGUCGUUCUUAGAUGAGAACAUUGGAGAACACAAGGCACGUCAUGGUCGAUUCUUGAAGGUGGAAAGAUUUCCCGAGUUUCCUAAAGACAGAAUAUACUGUUGUACACUUAGUCAAUGUCCCAGAGAACCGAGUGAGCCUGGGCCUGGAGCCUAUUCAGUUCAAGCGCUUACAAAGCCCGAGGCACAAAAACGACCGCCAUUUGGUUCAUCGGCAGAACGCAUGGACAAACACGCCCGUAGGUUCUUCCUUGGGAAUUAUAAUCCAGUGGGUCCUGGGCGAUAUAGUCUUAACCGGUACGAUCUAGCUCAACACGUUAAUGGUCAUCAAAGUGCUUUUGACUCGAGAACCAGAAGGUCGGACUUGGCGCGCGAUAAAUAUAUGGCAGAAAGAAUACGACAAAAGGACGUUAGACCAGAAGACAAAGUAUACAUCGUACCGAUGACUGCGUAAUAGCAGACGAAUUCUAACCUAUGGGCUCCCUGUGUUGGUAGCCGGACCAGUUGAACAAUCACAUUUGAAUUACUAUUUUCUUGGAAUAUAAUGUUUGUAAAUAUACAACUGAUAUUGGUUCCAAAGUUUGAAAAAAAUUGUGUGUAAUAUUGGGUGAAAAGGCUAUUGGUUUGUACAAAAUAAUUUUCUUCAAAUAAAUUAAUGAAAGACCUUAAAAAA